AUGCACUUUUCCUUUCCAAUUCACCUCAUCGUGGCUCUCAUUGCCAGCGGUACCAACGCCAAUUUAGACGCAUGUCCCGUUCGUCCUGGUGCAAAAGCGCUCUAUCUUCAAUCAAAUGAACAACAAAAUUCCGUCAUAUCUAUCCCAAUUGGAAGUGAUGGCAAGCUCUAUGGCGGCAUUGCGACUUUGUCAGGCGGCAUGGGUAGCGAUAUCAUCAACGCAAUGACCAACGCACCUGCUGAGUCUGAUGCUCUCUCAUCGCAAAGUUCCGUUUUUGUCAUCGAUGAUGUUGUCUUCGCAGUCAACGCAGGAUCAAACACCUUGAGCAUGUUCAGAAUCGAUCCAUCCAGUCCUACAAGGAUAUCAAUGGUUGGAGAGCCGGCCACCAUUCCUGGCGAAUUCCCAGUCACCGUGGCCGCUUCAAUGAAGCGCAAAACAGCCUGUGUUGGAUACACUGGGGCCAGGUCCGGUGUCUCCUGUGCUAGGUUCACAGAACAGGGACUGCAGCAAAUGGCACAAGUACUUGAUUUCAGACUUAAUCAAACCACUCCUCCUGUCGGGCCAACAAAUACUGUGGCGCAAGUUUUCUUUGCUGCAAGCGAUACUCGUUUAGUCACCACAGUGAAGGGGAAUCCGACCACUAACAACACCGGGUUCAUUUCUGUCCUCGCAUUCCAAGAUUCGCACUCGUCGGUGUUUCAGAGCCAUGACGUCCGGAGCUCACUGCCUGGUACAGCAGUACUAUUUGGUGGUGUUGAAAUCCCCCACACGUCCGAUUUAUUCAUAACGGAUGCGUCUUUUGGAGCAACUGUUCUUAGCUUAGACACUGUCAACGAUAAGGUCUCACUCAAGAACAAGCUUGUCAUCGCGAACCAGCAAGCUACAUGUUGGGCUGCCUACUCUCCAGCGCGAGGAAGCGUCUUUGUAACCGAUGCUGCGCUCGACAGACUCAUCGAAAUCACACCCGAUGGCUCGAAAACUUUGACAACGCUGAACUUGAGAAAUGGUGACCCAGGUCUUACUGAGCUCAAAGCUGCUGGUCGUUUUGUCUACGCUCUUUCCCCCGGAAACGGCACUAUUGAAGCCUCAAUUACGGUGGUGGACACUUUUGAGGGGAGGCAGAUUCAGCAUUUUGAGCUGGAGAAGCUGGGUGGUGGUCAGCGGUCACAGGGAUUGGCAAUUUACUAA